AUGACGGGGGCGAAACCGGUAAUUACUCUGAUGUGCCCGUCAGCUGAUUUACAUACAGAUGUCACGCCGUUUGACUCCACUUCCUACCGUCGGGCUAUUGGUCGUUUGGAGUACCUGGCGAUUGCAAGGCCAGAUAUUUCUUUUACAGUGAACUGCUUGGCCCAAUUUAUGGCGCGUGGUUGUCCACUCACUCUUGUGUCUUACUCGGACUCUGACUGGGGUGGUGUUCGUGAUAGGGGACAUUAUGCCAUGGCUUAUUGUGUGUUCUUUUGCUUGAAUCUCGUUUCCUGGAAGUCUACGAAACAGCGUUCAGUUUCACGUUCCUCUACGGAGGUCGAGUUCCAGGCACUUACCAAAAUAGCCGCCUUCUGCUAUGCUGGAGAAGGUGACCAUAUAUGA